AUGGGUAAAGAUCAAACGACUGAUAAGACGAAGUUAGCUUCAUACAAUGUCGUUAUGAAUCUUAUUGAGGAUCUUCUCAAUCAGGGAAGAACAUUGUAUGUGGAUAAUUUUUAUACUAGUCUGCCUUUAGCUUAUAAAUUACUUGAGUUACAAACACACUUAGUAGGCACAAUGCGUGCCAACCGGAAAUAUAUUCCGAAAGCAAUUCAAGAUGCCAAACUACGCAAAGGUGAAAUAAUAGCGAAAGAGUCACCGAAAGGGGUGACAAUUAUAAAAUGGCGGGACCAAAGAGAUGUACGAAUGUUGUCUACUUGCCAUUUGGGUACCGAGACCAUUGUUACUACGUCUAGACGUCAAACAGAAAACGUAAAACCUAAAUGCAUAGUAGAUUAUGACAAAGGAAAGGCUUCAGUUGACGUAAGCGACCAACUAGCGUCCUAUAAUACAGCUCUAAGACGCUGUAACAAAUGGUACAGAAAAGUCAUUAUUGAGAUUUUGUGGGGUACAUCUCUUGUGAAUGCAUAUUUUUUGUAUACAAAAAAUAAUGUCAAUGGCAGAGAUUUGAACAUCACGCAAUUUCGACAAAAAGUAAUUCUUUCAUUGUUGGAAGGUAAAAAAAAUACUACUGGUAGUAAAAGAAAACAUGUAUCCCACCACUUAGUUACCCACGCAGAAAAAAAGAGGGCCAGGUGUGCAAAAUGCUAUGAAAUGUAUGGGAAGAAAGGCAAAAUCGUAGAUGGAAAGAAAACAAUGGCAUCACAAGUUAUUACUAUUUGUGACACUUGUGAAGGAAAUCCCCACUUGUGUCGGGAUUGUUUCAAUGCCAAACAUUAA